ACCGCGUCAGACUCCUGAUGGUCACGUGCACUGAGUCCCAUGUCUCUUCUGCCGCCCCAGCCUCUGGCCGACGGCUCCUCCAACCCGUCUCUGCACGAAAACUUAAAGCAGGUGGUUCUGCCCAACCAGCCGGUGGAGGCGUCGCCUUGCAGCAGCCUGGGCAGCCUGAGCCAGGCUGAGAAGGACGAGUGCAGCUCCUCGUCCAGCAUCCACUCGGCCGCCAGCGACGACAGGUUCCUCCGCCGCACCUUCCUCCGCGUCCACAGCUUCCCCGAGGCCCUGACCUGCGAGAGCGCCGACCUUGACCUUUGCAUCUAUCACCUCCACUUAAAGGAUCUGCUCCAGCUGGACGUAGCACUGAGGCAGGACAAGCACUUGAUGUUUAUUCAGAUUUUUAAAAUGUGCCUCCUUGACCUCCUUCCGAGAAAGAAGCCUGAUGACGAAUUCUACCAGAAGAUUCUUUCAAAACAGGAAAAUGAUUUGGAGGAAUUAGAAAAGGGACUUCGGGUCAGACUAUCAGACACGGAGACGCUGGGCGCCAGCGACUCCCAGUACAUCACGCUGGCGGACGUGGAGAAGAAGGAGAGGGAGUACUCCGAGCAGCUGAUCGAUAACAUGGACGCCUUCUGGAGGCAGAUGGAGAGCAUCCCGCACUGCCUGGUGGACCAGUUCAAGUGUCCCAGCGCCAGAGCGCGCCAGCUCGGGGCGGCCCUGACGGCCAGAAUGAUCGCCGCGGAGGGGCUGCUGCGGGACUCCCAGGACCUGCAGGCGCUGGACCUCCUGGAGAGAACGAUGGGCCGCGUGCACAUGGCGAAGACGAUCGAGUUCCUGAGGCUGCAGAUCCAGGAGGAGACCAGGUGCCGGCUGGCCGCCAUCUCCCGCAGCCUGGACCUGCUGGCCGCCCAGGGCCGGCUGUCCGGGCGGCAGAAGGAGGAGCUGCUGACCCAGCAGCACAAGGCCUUCUGGGAGGAGGCCGAGCGCUUCAGCAGGGAGUUUGUGCAGCGAGGCCAAGAGCUGGUCCAGGCGUCGCGGGCUCGCCAGGCGGAGGGCACGGCACAGCUCACCCAGGCCCAGGAGGACUCCUGCAUUUACUCUCAGGCUUUUCACGGGGUCCUGGAGCGGCAGAGGGUGACGCGCAGUGACCUGGAGGAAGAGGAGAACUUCAGGGCCACCGAGGCCGCGGCGGCGCUCUGCCAGGAGCUGUACCGCAGCACCAUGGGAACGUUCCAGACGCUUGUGGACGUCCUGUUCCUGCAGACGCUCCCCGACGUGACGGGCCUCUCGCGGGCUGAGUGCGACUCUGUGAGGCGGGAGGCCCAGGAGGACGCCGCCCUGCAGCUGGGGAACGCGGAUCGCUUCCGCCGACAGCAGUGGAGGCUGUCCCAGGACCUCCUGGAGCACGAGCAGCAGGUGUGGAUGGAGGAGCACGCCUUGUCCACUGUGCUGCAGACACGCCUGUGGGACGACCACGAGAGCACCAUCCACUGCGUGCUGGGCCGGCUCGGGGGCCUCAGUGAGGAGUCUGCACGGUGCCUCCUGCAGGGGCACGAGCUGCUCCUGCGCUCCGCCCUCCGGAGGCUGGCUCUCCGUGGCCACGCCAUCGCCGUGCUGGCGCAGAUGCGGCUGUCGGGGAAGAAGCGCCUGCUGCAGGAGCUGCGUGAGCAGCACGCCCUGGAGCAGGGCUCCUCCCAGUGCCUGGACGAGCAUCAGUGGCAGCUGCUCGGAGCCCUGGAGGCCCGCGUGCUUGAGGAGACCUGCCGGCUGGAGGAGGAGGCGCAGCUCACGCGGCUGCAGCUGCAGCAGCAGCUCCUGGCGGAGGUGCAGGAGGUGGGCCGCCGCACCAGGAGCCGGACCAAGGACCGGGAGGACUUCAAGAGGACGCUGCUGGAGGCGGCCGUGGAGAGCGUGUACGUGACCAGCGCGGGCGUCGGCCGGCUGGUGCAGGCGUACGACCAGCAGGUUGGGAGGGCCAUGCGGGACCACGCGGAGCGCAGGCUGGAGCACCUGGAGAGCCUGCAGGGUGAGAGAAGGGACAGUUACAAGCUGCGGAAAAAGCAGGAACUUGGCAACCCUCCGUCGGAGGGCAAGGAGGCGGGUGGAACUCAUGAAGCGCCCCAAGGCGUCCACCAGAGGAUGCGGGCACAGCAGAAACGGUUCCUGGCCCAGUUCACGGCCCACCAGCGCACCCGCCUGGACUCGUGGCAGCAGAGGGCGCGGGGCCUGGACCUCCUGGAAGCCCAGCUGGAGACGCAGCUGCAGGAAGCCGAGCAGAGCUUCAUCGCCGAGCUGGCGGCCUUGGCCCGGGUGCCCCUUGCCGAAAGCAAACCGUCUCCGAGUAAGCGGGGCCUGCCAGAGAAGCCCCUAAGGACCAAACGGAAGAAGCCGGCGCUCCGGGACCGAGGGGACCUGGGGGGGCCCAGCAACGACGAGCCUGCCUCCGGGGAGCACCCCUCAGGAUCGCUCAGCCCAAGGCCCAGCCAGCAGGAGGGCGACGCUGGUGCCGGGGAGGACCCCAGGAAGCUGCUGAAGAGAAGGAGCAACUUGUAGUCCAAGGCCUGUCCCUGGGGCAGAACCUGAGGUCUGAGUGCCUGCCCUGCCCCCCGCCUUGUGAGACUGAGGAGGGACCGCCCGCCUGGGGGCUCCUCGUGCUCACAGGCCUGGUGUGGGGGGUGGAGAUGGAUGCUCAUGUGCCUGACACAGUGCGUGUUUCAGACCCUGUUGCUCGGACAAUGAGACGCCCGGGGCUGGACGCUGCC